GUAAUUAUAUAUUUCCACUUGGGUUUUACAGUCACAUUUGGUACUCUGUCUUUGCACUACGACCAUGGUAUUGUUACAAUAUGAAUAGAAUUGAACGAGUUGGUUGCUGCUUUCUUCUGACAAUGAUGACCAUUGUGACAUCACUAAUGUUUCAUGGACGGAUUGGAGAGGAUUACAAUAUAUUGUAUUUAUUAUCAGCCUCUAAUAUUAUUGCAGGUCUUGAGAGUGGUUUAUUGUGCUUUCCAAUCACGUAUAUUGUCUCGGUAAUGUUUCAAUCGGCAAGAUCUCGAAACUCCAUAAACAAAUCGGACAAAGGGAAUAUGUCACUCGAGCAGAUAUCACAAAAUUACUUAUCAUCAAAAAUGGAGUUGUUCAACGAAAAGAAAAGAAGAAAAUCAUCAAAUUUGCGUUACACGCAAAAAAACUAUCGCUCGCGUAGGUCAUCUAAAAUCCUCAAUCGUAAAUUCUCACAUAGCCCAAACUCUAGCCAGAACAGCAGAGCUGAUGCUAAGAAAAAGUUGUCGUCAGAGAAAGUUGAUAGCCCCAAAAAGUCAUCAGAGAGUUUGAGAUCAGACAAAGAAGUAAUAUUUCCCAACACAACACAUCGACAACGUUCAAAAUAUAAACAAAGCAGUAAUUAUAGAACGAGAAAACUAGAAGCGCAAAAGUUCAGGGAGAGAAGAAAAUCAAGAAAUUCACCGUCUACGAAGCUUCCAAUACCUUCUUCUCGUUUCAGCAAUUCCAGUUUUACGAAGAAAGAAAUUGCAAUUAUGGAUGUUGACCCAGGUUCAUCGGAUUUCAAACCACUUCCAUGGUUCUUCCGAUAUAUAGGAUGGAUGAUAAUUGGAAUUGUAAGCACCGGAUGUUGCGUACUCAGCAUUAUAUACGGAAUUUCAUACGGAUAUAAUGACACAAUGAAAUGGCUAAUCUCGCUUUUGUUUGCAAUAUUGGAAAGUAUUUUUAUUCUUGAACCGAUCAAGUGUGUUAUUCUUGCUUAUAUUGCUGUAAUAAGUAACUCACGCUUGGAUGUAUCAGAAUGGAUUCCACCGCUGAAAGGAGAAGUUGCUUCACAACGGCAUGAAAACCGACGUAAGGUAUUGAAAGAAUUGAUUAGAGAACGUCGAACAAGCCCAAUUUAUAAAGGACCUGUUUCUAAAAAAGAUAAAAUAUACAGCAUGGAGAGUGAAACAACUGAUCAAAGUUUAUGAAAAUAACUCAAAGGAAAAUCUGUCCAAUCAG